AAAAGAAGGAGCAGUCGGGAAGAAACGGACUGAAGGGAAAAAAGAAAGAGAAAACCGCACUGUGACUCCCGAUGUGCAGUCCUUAAGAUUAACGUUUUUUUUUAUAUUUUAUUUCUUCCGCGAAGAAACCUCCAGUUUUUCUAUUUUUCGAAAAGUAACGCGUCUACCUCAGUUUUAAGGAUUUUUUUAACCAACCGUUGGCGUUUACAACCGUUUUCUCUGCCUGCAGGGCUUGUUUUGUACCCUUUUUUUUGCACUCGUCACAGCGACCCGUUGAGCGAUGUCCAGCCAGUGUCUGCUGUCCCGCAGAUGAUCCAUGACCACACCUCAUUGAUGCACUUCAGCACCUUUCCGACGCCUUCCCCCAGCCGUGAACCCCGCAGCUGAUGACCAAAGUGCGUGCCACGCCUCUCCGCCGUCGCCCCGAGCCGCGCGCCUCCCCCCAGCCCCUCCCUCAGCCUCACGCCCCCGCGGGACGUCCAGGGAUGUUCCAGAGGUUCGCCAGCGCUCUGUUCGGGGACGACGCGGAGGAGCUGAGUCGAUGCGGCGGACCUGGAGACGGCCGGGAGGAAGAGGAGGAGGAGGACGACGACGAAGAAGACUGGAUCCUGGUCAACUACCUGGCUGAAGCCUGCUCGGCUCAGUGUGGCGACGGCCGCUCUGGAUCCACCGUUGGUCCUGAAGAGGAAGAGGAGGAGGAGGAGGAGGAAGACAUGGUGAUGGUCCCCUCCCCCAUGGCCAGCCCCGCCAUCCGCUACGCCUCCUGCAUCUCCCUCAACUCCACGGCCGACACCGACCCGGACGGAGGGGCGGAGGAGGAAGAGGAGGAGGAGGACGACGACGAAGAGGACAACGGGGAAGAAGGGGACAGCGGCUUCCUCCGUCUGGACGCCGGCUCUCUGGAGGAGAGCUGGUUCGUCACGCCGCCGCCCUGCUUCACCGGCCGCGGCAGCCAGCCGGGCCUCCUGGAGACCAGCCCUCUGGAGAACCUGCUGAUCGAGCACCCCAGCAUGUCCGUCUACGCCCGCCACAGCACCCCGAGGCUCGCCCUCGACGCCCUGCCGCGCUCCCUGGACCUGGACCUGGACCUGGGCUUGCUGCCUGAAGACGCGCCCGCCGCCCUGACGCCCUCCGCUGGGAAGGAGAAGGGCCGACGCCUUCUGGACGGCCCCCGUCACCGGCCGGAGGUUGCGGUGGUCCAGCGGCGCUCCAGCCUCCACUCAGCCUGCUACGUUGCGGCGCUCUCCGCCCGCGCCGGCCUCCUGCAGCAGCGCUCGGGUAACGCCACCCAACGCACCCAGCCGCUGUCCCGCAACGCCCUGCGGCGCCUCAACCUGCUGCGCCCCCCGAAGGCCAGCACCAAGCACCUGCACCAGCCCAGCCAGAGACACCUCAACUACUGAGGCGUCCGGAUCACCUUCAUCAUCAUCAUCAUCAUCAUCAUCAUCCUCUUCAUCUUCAUCUUCAACCUCCAUCCUGUAAGCAUUAUGGGAAACUGACAUUGGCCACCGCAAGAAAUCCACACCAGCAACAUGUCUUCAGCCAUUAGUCACGCCCCGAUCUGUUCUCACAUCUGAUUGGAUGGUGAAAUAGAGAAAGUGGCUGGAGAUUUUUAUUUUAUCAGCUCAUGUGGCCAGUGGGUGCAAUGUUUCCCCUUUUCCUUCUCUUCCUCCAUCCAUCCCUCCCUCCCUCCAUCCUCCUUCAUAUUGAUGUUGGGAAGAAAAGAAAAGAUGUUAUCAUGUGUCCCCCGACAUGUCCUCCUCCUCCUAUCACCUUUGUUUUAUUCUCCCUGCGCUGGACCAGUUUGCGUCCAGUCACAGAGAGGAAGAGAUUUCACAGUGUUGUCCUCUCUUUCUCCUUCCCUUUCUUAUUCUCCUCUUCACCCAUCCAUCCUCCUUCAUAUUGAUGUUGAAAAGAAAAAGAUUUGUCAUCAUCAUCAUCAUCAUGUGUCCCCAAACAUGUCCUCCUCCUAUGAUCCUUGUUUUACUCUCCCUCUAUUGGACCGGUUUGCGUCCAAUCACAGAGAGGAAGAGAUUUCACGAUGUUGUCCAUUUCUCUUUCUCCUUCUUUCUCUCUCUUUCUCUCUCUUUACUUGAUCUUCAUGGACAACUUUUAAUGUGUAGAAUCAAUGCUGUAGGUCACUUUACUCAGCGGCAGGUUCACAGCGUGGCAGGACGCUCGCUGUGAUGUCACGGCAUCUUAGCUGUGUUUUGCGACUUUUUUUGGGGCAACUUGACCGGACGCAUCGGAGAGACCUUUCAGAUCCCGAAUCGCUCGACCAUGAACAGUGCCGCAGCAGCACAACGGUGCCAUUUAAUCAGUGCAGCAGAGUUGUGAUAGUGUUGCCCACAGAAAGUUGCCGGUAGUGAACGUGGUGCGCGCCAGUUAUGAAAGUUAUGAAAACAAGGAGUCUAAACUUUAAAGGAAAAAGUCCCCCUCGAAUAACCCGACACUGUUAUAGUCAGCAAUCUGCGGAAGGGCUGAAACUAAGGAUUAUUUUCACUGUCGAUUAUUCUCUCGAUUAGGUCUAUAAAAGGUCACAAAAUUAUGAAAAACUAGAAGAAACUACAAAAUAUUUCCAUUUUUAAAAAGCUGGAAUCAGAAUUUUUUUGACUUUCUUUCCCAUUUAAAAAAACAUUAAUAUUAUAGAUUAAUAUUUGCAGCUCUAAUCUGUAGCUGUUUUGGUCACUCUUCUGUCUUGCCUUGUUUAUUUUUACUCAAGGCAGCGAGUUCCUACUUCCUACGUUUCCCAGGAUGCAUUGUACACAACUGCCACAAGAGAACCGGUCAAUUAAAAGGACAUUCACGUACUGAUGAUGAGGAGUACAACUCACAGUUGUAUGUAGACGACACAUUUAUUUAUAACAGAAAAUCAGUUACAAACUGGGCCUGUGGAGAUUGAAAGACGUGGCUCUUUACCCAGGCACGGAUUCUAGAUUCUGUCAAGUUGCAUUAUGGGAAAUGUAGGGUCCAGUGUUCUUGGAGUUUGAACCAUAGACGUGACUCAAAGUUAGGAUAUCUCUGCCUCUGAUGCUUCAAUAUCGGCCUUUUUAAAGUACCCUUGUACAUAUAAAAACUCUAAACCUUUUUUGUUUCCAGCUUUUAAAAUUUUUAAGUUAUUUAAUUUCUUGCUCUAGUAGAAACUACCACCAGCAGUAUGCAAAAAGACAUUUACAUUUGAAUGCAAAUGUUUUGGCAAAGUGAAACGUCACACUAACAUUUAGCAUUCAGAGGUUUUUUUUUUUUUUUUUUUUUUUUCUGUGAAACUGGAGGGUUUAGUUACCGAAAACCGAGAGACGGAACAGAGAGUUUCAUGAGCCACUUCUGGCUCAAACCCCAACCUGUACUGUAGCUGCUUUGCCUUUCUGCUCUUGGUGGUCUAAACUGCAUCUCAUGGCCCUUAAAUUGCAUCCCUGACUCCUCCACUUGCCUCCCUUCCUCGCGUCUUAGUCCCAGGCACGGGAGAGACGGGAGGAAAUCAUGCGAGGAGAGAGGCAACGAGAAAAUGUGUUUUUAGAGGGAUGAGGCGUCCUUUCCUGAGACGGCCUUCACCGAGGAGGGACUGAACAACUUCCGGUUCAGCCGAGGACCGAGGAGUCGAGGAGCUAUCGGAUAAGGGCCGUGAGAUGCAGCUCAUGACGUAGAUUUUUGAUUAUCCCUCGCUCCCGAAAUCUGCGGGAAGUGACCUCAUGAUGUGACCUCGUUUAUACGUAGCCGAUGUUCACAGAUAUUCCGAUAUUCCAGUGUUUGUUUGGAGCAUUUCGAUGAGAUUUUCUUCUUUAACUUUCCCCGUUUUUGUUAAUUCGGCCAUCUUGUCUCUCCGACGUCCUGCAGCAUCACCUUGUUGUUGUUGUUGUUGUUGUUGUUAAAAGCGCUCGUCCUGCGGCCGCCUGGCUGAACCUGCCUCUGACUUUGUAAUUCAGUAACUUUUCACAAUAUUUUCUUUUUUUUUUUAUUAAAAUGAGAAAAAAAAAGACUGUAAAAAUUACUGGGUUAAAUAUCACUAAACGCCUUGUUUUAACGGUAGCUUUGAGAUAAAUAGAAAAUGUAAAAAGACAAAAUGUAUUUAAAAAAAAAAAAAAAAUUCCAAAAUAUUUUUUGAAAAGAAAAAAAUGAAA